AUGCGCUGCUCCUUGCCGCUCGGCCUCACUACCGGCGACGUCCUGGACUGGCAGAUCUCCGCCUCGUCGUCCUACCCGGCGACGUGGGACGCGGGCUGCCAGGUCAAGUACGCCCGCCUGCACCAGCCUAAUGGCCGGGCGUGGUGUGCCGGCAGGAGGGCCGCCGGCGAGUGGGUCCUCGUGAAUCUCGGUGUGCCGGCCAAGGUGACCGGCGUCCUAACGCAGGGCAAAGGGGACGACGAGGAGUGGGUGACGUCCUUCGAGCUUUCCUACUCCCUAGACGCCUACCACUGGCACUUCGCUCGAGACAUCUACAACAACAAAAAGGCGGACAGGUCAGGCCUUGAACUUAGCAUGGUGUCCCUCUUCAGAGCUUGGCCAUCUGGCACCCAGUUUUCACCAGCCUUCCAGGGCCUUACGCCACGCUGCUCCUCGCCGCUCGGCCUCACUACCGGCGACGUCCUGGACUGGCAGAUCUCCGCCUCGUCGUCCUACCCGGCGACGUGGGACGCGGGCUGCCAGGUCAAGUACGCCCGCCUGCACCAGCCCAAUGGCCGGGCGUGGUGUGCCGGCAGGAGGGCCGCCGGCGAGUGGGUCCUCGUGGAUCUCGAUGUGCCGGCCAAGGUGACCGGCCUCCUAACGCAGGGCAAAGGGGACGACGAGGAGUGGGUGACGUCCUUCGAGCUUUCCUACUCCCUAGACGCCUACCACUGGCACUUCGCUCGAGACAUCUACAACAACAAAAAGUCCUCCGGCACAGUGAUGGAGGGCGAGGGAGGGGCAGCAUGA